AACAAAAUGGCAGCACUCACAAAUAACGAUAAAAUUUCCUACAAAGUGUUGGUAAUUGGUGAUCCAGGUGUCGGUAAAACAUCUAUUAUUCGUCGAUUUGUUCAUAAUGUGUUUUCGUCAAAUUACAAAACGACAAUCGGUGUUGACUUUGCUCUCAAAAUCCUGCCUGUCGACGAGAACACAGUUGUUCAUCUUCAAAUCUGGGAUAUUUCAGGCCAAGACCGAUAUGGGGUCAUGACCAGAGUCUAUUACAAAGAUGCACAUGCAGCUAUUAUAGUUUUGGAUUCAACAAGGGAACGCACUAUCGAAGGUGCUUUACGCUGGAAGACUGAUUUGGAUCAAAAAGUGACACUGGCCGAUGGAUCGCCAGUUCCAGCAAUUUUACUUGCAAACAAGUGUGAUAUCGACAAUAAACUUGGUGACGACAAACUGUAUGACUUAGAAACAAACAACGGAUUUGUGGGAUCGUUCCGCACUUCGGCAAAGGAAAGUGUUGGCAUUGAGGAGGCGUUCAAAUUUUUGGCAAAUACGGUGAUCUCCACUGAACAAGGUGGUCAAUAUGAUGUCCCUUUCAUGAAUCGUGAAGGCAACGUGAAUCUUGAUGACAAUACCACUCAUUCUAGAUACGACUCGAAAUGUUGCUAAAUGACCGUGAACAUUGAACUUGUUCAAGUUACUCGUGUCAAACUCCUUGUUCUUACUUUUAUUCUAUUUAUUACUUUUUUCUCUCAUGUUCUCUGAAAUAAAUUUUCAAGUAUUA